AUUGGUCAUGGAUCCCGUGCAUGCACACAGAAACAUUAUCAAUUGCUUCCUUUGUUUGCUAACAGACCGAUAAGCAAAUUCCUCUUAUCUCUUUAGGUCUCCAUUAUCCAUCCCCAUAUCUCUUCUUCCUCUCUAGUGCCAUCCCUCCAUCUACCACUCCCUCCUCUACAAACCUGUUUAUUCUAUUCCUCCCUUCAUCCACCUAUCUCUAACUCUUCCUCCUUCCCUCCCUCCCUCCCCCCCUGCCUGUGCACACCUCCAGACCGGGCCUGGCUAGACCUGUAUGCCCUUCCUCUCUCUGCUGCUUCAGUGUCUCCCCCCGUCUCUCGCUGUCUCUCCCUGCAUCAUGGCGGACCCAGCCGCGGGCUGGUGGAAGCUCACCUUCCUCCGGAAGAGGAGGUCCCAGCCUAAGGUUCUGUACGAGAUCCCGGGGGAAUACGCCUCCAACUCCAACAGCCCAACCUACACUUCCCCUUCCACCGCCUCCACCGCCAGUCAGCCGGCCACAGCAGCAGCAGACGGGGCCCAGGACUCUGAGCUGAACGCCAGGCUAGAGAGGAUCGUAGACAAGACCACCACGGCCACCAGGGGGCGCCACGUCAAGGUGUCGCACUCUGGGAGGUUCAAGGAGAAGAGGAGGCCGAGGGCCUCGUUGGGCAGGGACACAGAGGGGUCCGGGGGGGAGGAAGGCGGAGGGACUCGAACCCACAAGCAGGACCAGACAGACUGAAUCUUUUAUUGGAUGGUUUGUUAUUCAACCAUUGAGGAAUUGUUAUUGAUUAUGUCGUUGAAUUGUUCUGGCUGCAGGAAUUGUAAACAGUUGAUAUUGGAUGAUGGUAUAGGGGAAGUAGUCGCACUAAAGACUCAGCGGCGGAGCGUUGACUGUAUUUCGCUUAAUGUGUGUAUCGACCAAUCAUGUUGCUGGAGGCAGUGCUCUGUAAGCACGUAAUGGGCGAACACAAAAAAGGCAAGGUCCACUUUAUUUUAGCGUCUGUAAAGAUUUCAAAUCAAUAACAUUGAAUCACCAAAAUCCCCUUCUGACAGCUUUAUUCAGUCACACAAAUUACAUUAAUUCAGUAAAAUAUCGCAAUGAAACAGGAAACAAGUCGUGACUCCGCCCCUAAAGUUUCUGCUAUCCGGCCCAGCAGAUCUGCUGGAUACGAGAUUGUGUGGAGGGAUUGCGACGAAUGGAUUAAUGAAUGAACUUGAUUGGUAAUGCAAUGUUCAAUACGUGAGGAUGGAUAUAUAUUGCAAGAAGUUUCAAGUAGACUAUGAAAGGGAGGCAAACGUAUGAAAAAAAACAUGUUUUUUGUAUACAUUUUUGUAUUAUAAUAAACUGUUAGGUCGUUUAUUUGUGAGAAUCCGCACUGCUUUUGCUGGGGUUUUGCUGAUGAAUCUGAUCAAUUCACAACCACAGAGCCAUGAUGUUUGGCGCUUUGAUAAUGAAAAAUUGCCUUUGUAACAUCUGAAUCAACAGUGUUGGUGUGUUUUUUCUUCAUUUACAUAUCUUUCAUUAUGCAUAUAUAGCCCGUUAUGGCAUUUGUUAAUGAGACGAAGAACCCCAUGGCUGCAUUAUGUCGCCCUCACGUGGAGGCAGAGUGUAAGUAGUGAGAUGUAGUUUGUUUGCGGUGACAAUAUUAACUUGCACACGCUGGUGACAGAACGUUUUGAGCAAGGGAAUUACGUUUUUUAUGUUGUUAGAAUAAUAUCUAUGUUAAGUGUAUGAAUGGCUGGGGAUAGGAGUUGUGCUCAGAA